AACAACUUCCUUGACAACACUUUGUUGUUUGGUAUAAGAGUAGAGGAUAUCAAGAUUAAUUUCACACGUAGGAUUUUGGUUUUAUUUGUCUAGGUAACCUAUGUAAUGACAAUAACGUUGCUUUACUUCAGAUGCGUCACAUGUUAUGGGACUGUACCUAAACCCGUUACCUCAUGAACCAUUGAAAGAAACGAAAGUAAUACAUAGGCAAGAAUUUGUCACAAAUUCCUUAUAUUCGAUCGAAAUCAUUCUUAAAAUUGCAAUUGGAUCAGUGAACAAGGAUGGCGACAUCCCUGUCACAGGAAGAUAUCAAUUUUCUACGGUUAGCUGGUUUGUUGAUAAGAGUCGCACCACGUGCUGUAAGACGUAGGUUUGACUGUGAAUUCCACCCAGAACAGCUACAACAAUUUCUGCGCACAAAUCGGGGCAAAAUACAUAACCUAACAAAUAAAAAGAGAAUCAUCACAUUGGCACAGUAUGAUGUAUUAUAUCCUAGAGGUUCUUCAGAAGUAUCAUCAGACAUGUUUGAUUUGUCAUUGAUGGUUUGUUUACUGAGAAACUUCACAGAUCUUGACAUCCAAGAUAGUCUACCAAUUGGAACUAUUCAUACUGAUGCUGCAGAUAUUUCCAGGAUAAAAUUUUACAGAAACUCUAUUGUUCAUCAUGACAGCAGUAAAAUUGACGAAAACGAGUUUUCAAAAGUAUGGAACUGUGUAGCUGAGGCAAUACACAGACUACUACCCGACUUAAAGGCAGAGAUUGAUUCAUUAAUGAGUUCACCGUUAACUAAUGUCAAUGUAAUGAGAGAUCGUAUACAACUUGAGAAAAAUUUGGAAACAACCAGCCAGCAUAUGCUUACCAUGAACAAGAAAAUGGCGACGUUAGAAACUGAGAAAAAUAAUAUAAAAGAAAUACAACUACGAACUUUAAAAGAAUGGAAAGAUACUGACACGAAAUUUAUUGCUACAUCAGCAACAACGUUUAUAUUACAAUCACUUAAGAACAGUAGGGGUGUCAUUAUAACUGGAUCUCCGGGCUGUGGAAAAUCUGCAGCUGCUCAUCAUGUAGCAUUUGAAUUGGAGAACGAGGGCUAUGAAAUACUUCCUUGUGAUGAUCCUUCCGAAAUAGUUAAGCAUUUGUCAACAGAGAAAUUCUUAGUUUUUGUAAUUGAUGAUGUCUGUGGUAAAUUUUCUCUGAAUCAGCAAAAAGCAGAUUCAUGGGAACAAAACGAUGGUAAAUUGAAUAUGUUAAUUGAAUCUAGUAACCAGAAUGAUGACGAUGAAGAUAACUGUAGUAAACCAGAGGCUAAGUUUAUUAUAACGUGCAGGGAAAAUAUAUUCGUUCACAAGGCAUUUCCAAAAUUGACAUGUUUUUCGCUUGUUCAAUGCAGCUUUAGUUCUGAUUAUAAGAUUUCUCAAGAAGAAAUGAGAAACAUUGCAUUGUCGUAUUUACCUGAGAAUACUGUGAAUGAUAUUAAAAACAUUUGUCUGUAUGAUUUUUUUCCUCUAAUAUGUUCGUUGUACUACAAAAACGUCAAUCAAGAUCUUAGUUACUUCAUCCAUCCGGUUGAAAUAAUUGGAUGUGAAAUCUCAAAAAUGAAACAAAAAUCUGAAGGAUCUUUUCUCUGCAUUUCUCUUCUUGUUCUUAGGAAUAAUAAAUUUCGUAAAGAUGAAUUAAGAUGCGAAGAUGUGAAACAGCUAGUUAAUGAUAUAUGCUGGGACACUAAAAUGGAAUCCGUUUCCAUUGUGGCGAUACUAAACAGUUUUGAGCGUCUUAAAGGUAUCUAUAUUACAGAAUCAGAUGACAUUUACACAGCAAUCCAUGACAAAAUGUUUGACAUUAUAUCAGCAGCUAUUGCACCAUUUAUAAUGAAAUGUUUAAUAGAACACGUUGACAUUGCAUUCCUGGCAAACCGUACAUACCUUUCAUCAUUUAGUCAAAAUAGUGUGCCGUUUGUUAUUCAUAUCCCACAAGAGUUUGAAAGUCUCUAUCUGAAACGACAAUGUCAGGAAGUAUUGAAAGGGAAAUACUGGGAGGUAUUUGGCAGCAUACAAACAGAGCAUGAGGCAUAUAGAAAACUUCUUCUAUCGGUUCUGAAGCAACAGGACACAUGCCAGCAAAUUUCUUAUGAUUCCGUUGAAGAGGGGAAUACACCUUUAUACGUAUCCUCUCAUUUGGGAUACUUAGAUUUUGUAGAAUAUUUUGUAGCAAAAUGUGCAAAUCAUAUAAAGGUUAAAGACAAGGAAGGUAGAUCUCCAUUCUAUGUCGCAUGUGAAAAGGGUCACAUUGCAGUCGUUAGAUAUUUAAUGAAACAUCAUGAGACUACCAUUAAAGAGAAAGAUGGAUUUUCAGUUUUACAUAUAGCAUGUUUCAAUGGACAUUUAGAAGUAGUAAAGUUAUUAGUCGAUGUGGGUAUGAAUCUUAAUGACACAACAAAUGCAGGAUAUACACCACUUUAUCAGGCUUGUCGGAAAGGUCGAUUUGACAUAGUGAAAUACUUACUUGAUUUAAACGGCAAAGCAUUAAAUAGUCGGGUAGAUACUCUCGUAAAAGGUACAAAUGGAUGGUCAGCUUUACAUACAGCUUGUUUCAAUGGACAUGCAGGAAUACUUAAGUUAUUGAUUGGUGUCGGUAUGGAUAUAAAUGAAAGAGACCAUUGGGGAAAAACAGCUGUUCACUUAGCUAGUAUAAAUAGGCAUGGUGAUAUUGUGAAAAUAUUAAAGGAUAAUUGUGCAGAACUUAAAACAUAUGAUAGCGACAAACGAACAUCACUUAUGAGUGCUAAAGGCAAUGGUUGUCUGAUAUUGUGAAACUUUUAAUAGAAUAGUUUGAACAAUUUAACGAAGAACUCAAUAAGAAGUGAAUGAACAUUGUAAUUAACCAUUCACUAAUAUAAUCAGUUUCAUAGUGUGUUAGUAACCUAAUAUGAUAUAUAUAGUGUCAGUAAAUUCCAUAUAAGGUUGAGAACGAAGCUCGAACCCCAUAUGCAAUUUACUUACCCUGUUUAUAUUAUAUUAGGUCACUAGCACACUAUGUAACGAAUUUAUCUUACCGACUAUCUUUAUUUGUUGAAUUUAGACUAAAGUUGUCCUUUUUGCUAUAAUACACAUCUUCUUAUUUCUGUAUUAAAGUGUUCAAGUGUUAAAUUUUAAAAAACCUUCUUCAAUUUGUCUGCACUAAACAACUAAUGUAAACGAUACAUAUUUAUUAUCAACAACCUUGACAUCAACAAUAUUAAACAGAACUUUAAUAGAUUUGAAUAAUCAAACAGUGCUCAAGACGUAAAUCCACAACUAACCGUGUAUUGAAAUAAGCCCCGUCCCCCUACUAACCCAAUAUUGAAUAUACACGGUCUCCACGAGGUCGCUUUUAACCAAUCAUAUUCCUAGACAUGUUUAGGAGGUAAGAUAAACAGGAAUAUCAAGUUAUUGGGAUUUAGUUGUGCAUUUUAUGUUCGGCUUUAACAUUUUAAACAAUCAAGAUUGCUUCAAAAUUUCAAUAUACAAAAGCUGUUUUUAAUUAAUGUAGAUAGACGAAAAUAUUUUACCUGUUGUACAGGUGAAUAAAAGGCAGUGUAAGUUUGCAUUUCAGUGUUAUCAUAGACAUGACAUUCAGAACUAUAAAGGUUUUAAAAAUAAUAAGGAAAACAUGGAAGUUUGUGAUUCGUAAGUGCUUUAAUCAUAAGAGAUUUAAACUUUUUAUGAUUGUUUUGUUGUUGGUUUUCAGCUCACCUGACCCAAAAGGGCCAAGCGAGCUUUUCUCAUUACUUGACUUCCGUCGUUCGUCAUCGCCCGUUAACGUUUACAAAAAGCUUCUCCUCUGAAACUACUGGGCCAAAUGAAACCAAACUUGGCCUAAGUCAUUCUUACGGUAUCUAGUAUAAACAAAAAGUAUCCGAUGACCCCGCCCUUCAACCAAGAUGGCAGCCAUGGCGAAAAAUAAAACCUGGGGGUAAAAUGCAUUUUUGGGCUUAUAGCUCUGACACUUAAGCAUUUAGAGCAAAUCCGUCUGCCUGAAAUUUCUAUAUGCAUCAGAAACUCGUUGAUUGGUUG